AUGAAGGGGAACUUUGAAGAAUUGCAGAAGUUCCUAUCAAAGAUACCAGGAAAAUGGGCAGGAGGAAACUACUCACUAGUGACUGAAUUCAUUCUCUUGGGAUUCAUGGAGCUGAAAGUCCCCCUCUUUCUGUUGUUCCUCAUAAUCUACAUCAUCACCUUGGUAGGGAAUCUUGGGAUGAUUGUGCUAAUCACAAAUGCACCUCGACUUCACACCCCCAUGUACUUUUUCCUUAGCAAUUUGUCCUUUAUAGAUAUAUGUUAUUCCUCCUCUGUCACCCCUAAAUUGCUGUUGGGUCUCCUCGUAGAAAGAAAUUCUAUUUCUUUUAUUGGGUGCAUUACACAGUUUUACUUUUAUGCAGUAUUUGGCACUACAGAAGCUUUACUUCUGGCAGCCAUGGCGUAUGACCGCUACAUGGCCAUCUGUAACCCACUACUUUAUGCGACAGCCAUGCCCCACAGGGUAUGUCUCAAGCUAGUAGGUAGCUCAUAUGUUGCUGGGACUCUGAAUGCUCUGGUGCACACAGGCACCAUGCUUCAUUUGUCCUUUUGUGGCCCUAAUAUCAUCAAUCAUUUCUAUUGUGAAAUCCCCCCACUCCUGUCCCUCUCUUGUACUGACACCUGGCCCAAUGAGAUUGUGAUGUAUCUGUUUGUUGGUUUCACUGUAAUAAUCUCAACCCUAGCAAUUCUCAUCUCCUAUGCUUACAUACUGAUCACCAUUUUGAGGAUCCGCUCUGCUGAAGGCAAAAUCAAAGCCUUCUCUACCUGUGCUUCUCACAUGAUGGUUGUCUCCCUUUUCUAUGGAUCUGUUGCUUUCAUGUAUCUAAGACCCAGUUCCCGGUAUUCUCAGGGCCUGGACAAAAUAGCCUCUGUGUUCUACACAGUAGUCUCCCCCAUGCUGAAUCCUCUGAUCUACAGUGUGAGGAACAAGGAGGUUAAAGACACUCUCAGAAGGGCAACAAGGAAGAUAUUUUCUCUUGUGGAUUUUCAUUGUUCUCAUAAAUUAUGA